AUGUCGUCCUUGCAAGUUGAAGACAAUGAUGAUAUCUCCAGUCGACGUGUUCCCAACAACUAUAGUGCUUACCGCCCAAUCACCUUAACUCCAGGAAAUGAGCAAAUCCGUCUGAUGCAGAUUCUCCCACCAGAGAGCGAAGAUGAAGACGAGGAAAUCGUCUGCGCCUUAUUCGACGUGCCACCAAUCUGGCAAAAAGGCCAAAUAGUUUACAUCGCACUCUCGUACUGCUGGGGCGACUUGGGAGACCAAAAGACCAUCAGCGUCAUCCACCAAUACCAAGAUGCACCCGAGGAGACCCAAAAGGCACGAGACCUGGAAGGAUCGAAAGAAGACUCUGGACCUACCAUGAUAUCGGUGGAACGCUCCACAAAACAACAGUUCAACGUGACUAGGUCUCUAUUCUCUGCUCUCAAAAGCAUACGCAAGGCCACUCCUAGAGUCAAGGAGCAAUUCCCGCUACUUGAUUUCCAGCCAAUAUGGAUAGAUGCUUUAUGCAUCAACCAGGGGCUCAUUGAAGAACGUAAUCAUCAAGUUGGUAUGAUGAACAAAAUUUACUCGUCGGCAUUCUUUGUCUGGAUCUGGCUCGGCGAAGAUGAGGCCGUCAUGAGAGGACUCAACAUGAUCCAUGCCAUGAUGAAGCUGACACGGAAGAAAUGGGGAGAUGAGUUUGACCCCAUCGAUCCAAAGGAAGAACAUAUGCGUCACUUCUUGAGGACACCUUACCAGUUAGAUGGAGAGCUGCUUGGACCAGAGAGCUGUUUCAAAAUAUUGGACUCACUCUUCGACAAUCCAUAUUUCAAACGUGUAUGGGUGCUACAAGAGGCAACAGCAAUACCAGCACGCACGUUCGUCUUCGUCACAGUGGCCCAUGUGCCCUGGGCAUGGAUCAUAGUUGCUGAUCGCUUCCGUCAGCUAUGGCGAAAGAUAUAUCCAACGGGCCAAAAUGGUUCAUUGCCACAGAUUUGGGCAAAUUUGAUCCAGCAGAAGCUUAUCCAACCACGCACCCCAUCUUUAGUCUCGAAACACUUAUUGUACGAUCUUUUCAUCAACACUUAUGAAGAGUUUAACGCGACGGACCUGCGAGACAAACUUUUUGCAUUGAUAGGCUUAUCAGCAGAGGGAAAUGGAAGCCAAGGCACAAUACCCGAUCUCAUACAGCCCGACUAUAGCAAAUCCCUGAGCCAGGUUUUCAUCGAUUUCACCCGGUUUUGCAUAAUGCAUGGUAGAGGUCUCGAAGUACUCAGCCUCUUGUGCGGUGGCCCGCGGAGAUUAUUUCCCUUUAAUCCCAUGCUGAACGAUCCUAGCUUGCCAAAGCCAAAGGCUUGUCUCGAUGUUCGGUUACACCCGUCCUGGGCAUUGUGGCCAACUACUGGCGGGUCUUGGACUGUAAGCAGUUUGGCAAAGGCUCAACAGCACAGUGGGCACAAGUAUGAUCUUGCAUCAAGGCUUGAUACUCGGCAGUUCGACUUACUCAAGCACCCCACAUACGAGCUGCCCAGCGCCAUAGUGAACCGCAUACUCAGGUGGGCUGGCGUGAGAAUCGGCGUGGUGAAAUCUAUUUUCAAUUUGCCAAUCCGUUGCUUUGCAGAUUCAGAGCCCCCCGAGCGUUCAAUCAUCACGAAGAAGUGGGCCACCGAGCCGAUGGAGAAGGAAAUGGCCAAGCACGAAAAGCAUAUCUCCAUAAGUCUCACCUCGCCGCAUGUUCAAGGUGACCGAAUGAAAGGAGGCCUGAUCCCCCUUUGGUGUUAUCUCGAGAGGCCGAUGGUCAAUGUCAUCGAAGUAGAAGAUCAGGUGGCUCCCCUACGCCCUCAGGAGUGGUUGGGGCGCAAGGGGGGUAGAUAUGAAGGCAAGAGGGAACACAUGUUUCGAGACUUCCUCGAGACUCUCUUGCUCAGUCCAAUCUAUCACGGCCCGACCGAAUUGGUUGACAAUGAACAACAAAACGAUCAGGCUCAAUCGUCUGAAUCGGAGGACGGCACUCUGAUGCCUGGACCUUGGGAUGAUCCAGAACUAUCUAUCAGCUUCGCUAUGGAAUGGGCACAGUUCGACCCGCAGAUGGAGUACCUGCCCCCGAGAAUUGGAAAGCACUUGCUCGAUCACUUAUUCAAGUCGGGCAUUCCAAGGGAGAAACAAUUCCCGUUCCUUUUUCUCGGACAUGGCAAAUGCUUCUUCAUUACAGACGAUGAGCACAUGGGCAUGUGCUCCCCAGAUGUGGAGCCGGGCGAUAUUGUUGUUGCACUCCCAGGAUCUGGUGUUCCUUUUGUGUUGCGACCCAUGGAGGACCAGGCUGACAUUGAGGGCGAGGAUUGGACGUUUAAGGGCGACCACGAGGGUUUUAGAAAGACGCUGUUUCGUUUCAUGGGCGAAUGUUAUCUCCAUGGAAGGAUGACGAGUGAUUUCUUUAGGCAUGAGUCGGGCAAUUUGCCGCCAAUGGAGACGUUCAACAUUUGUUGA